CAGGUUCAGUUUCAGGGUCUCGCCGGCAGCCCUGGCCGGCAGGCGCGGACCCAGCCGCGGGGCCCGGACGGCAGGGCCCUCUGGGGGCCCCGGAGUUGGGAGGGGGCGUCCGGGAGCCCCCGGAGGAGGAUGGGCUGCAGACACAGCAGGCUGAGGUGCUGCAAAGCCCCCCAAAAGAGACGCCAAGAACCAGACCAGCCACCCAGACCAGAGCCCCAGGAACUGGGUCCCCCCAAUGGGGACACAGCCACAACUGUCCAGCUCUGUGCGUCUGAGGAGGCUGAGCAGCACCGGAAGGAUAUAACCAGGAUUCUCCAGGAGCAUGAAGAGGACAAGAAGAAAUGGGCACAGCAGGUGGAGAAGGAAAGGGAACUAGAGCUCCGGGAGAAACUGGAGGAGCAGAGAAGAGUCCUGGAGGGAGAACAUGAGGCAGCCCUUCAAGCCCUCCGGACCUCCUAUGAGCAAGAGAAAGAAGCCCUCUCCCACUCCUUUCAGGAGGCCAAGGCGGCCCUGCAGGAGACCAUAGAUGCAUUGACCUCGCAGCUGGAGAACUUCCGAGCCAAGAUGAAGAGGGUUGAGGAGUCCAUUCUGAGCCGAGACUAUAAGAAGCACAUCCAAGAUUAUGGGAGCCCCAGUCAGUUCUGGGAGCAGGAGCUGGAGAGCUUGCACUUUGUCAUCGAGAUGAAGAAUGAGCGUAUUCAUGAGCUAGACAAGCGGCUGAUCCUCAUGGAAACGGUGAAAGAGAAAAACCUGCUGCUGGAGGAGAAGCUGUCCACCCUCCAACAGGAGAACGAGGACCUCCUCGUCCGAGGCCGCAAGCAGACAGUUGUGUCAAGGCAGCUCUCGGAGGACCUGCUUCUCGCCCACGAGGCCCUGGAGAAGGAGUCGCAGUUACGGCAACAGCUCCAGCAGGAGAAGGAGGAGCUGCUGUACCGGGUCCUUGGGGCUGAUGCCUCCCCCGCCUACCCCCUGGCCUCCGUCACUCCCACUGAGGUCUCCUUCCUGGCCACAUAGGCUCCGGGCCUGGGCAGCCACGACACCUGUGGUCACAGCUCCCUGUCCAGGACUUUCUUGAGGAAAAGGAGCCUCUCAUUCUGUUCCCAGGAGGGGAAUGAGGGCAGGAGUGUGAUGGGAGCCAGGGUGUGUGCCCAGUGAGCCCCGGGGGCUUGGGCCACGCAGAGUCGCCCAGGGGGCCCCAGAGGCCCUGCCCUGGGAAGCCUGCCGC